AUGACUGCGUCCCACGCAAGCAAGUUUCGUCACGUGGAGAGCACGCGACUCGCCCCUGUGUCCCGAGGUUUGACGCACUUGCCCGUGUCUCUUCCAAGUGCCAGUUCUGAACGUCCCGCUCUUGCUGCUACGUCCGCUCACUUUGCAUUUGUUCAGUCGGAAGAUACUCAUGGCGGCUCAAUCCAAGUGGAAGCUCUGAGUGGGAUUGACGCAGCUGAGAAAGAGAGUCAGGAGUCUUCAGAGACACGGCCGCUGUCCAGUGCUGUGGCGACGGUGAAGAUCCAGCGAGCCACGUACUCGAGACGAGGAGUGCUGAUACUGUAUGACGUGCAUACUUCGACGAUGGGCUUGGAGAGAGCAGUGGAACAAGGCGCUUCGUUGACGUCUGCGGACUGGACUUGGGAUGGUCGAGCUGUGAUAGCGGCAACGCAGGGCCAAGCUGUGAGGAUGGUGGACCCGCGUGAGAAUAUGACGUCAAAGUGCCAAAGGCACAUUCAGGAACACGACCCGUGGGUGUGGAUAGGUGUGGACGGACGCAGCAUUUUGUCACGUGUGGAAGCGAUACGCUGA